UUUCCAGGCAGUAAGUCAGCGCAGCGCAGCGCAGCCCGCUGCUGAUCACAUGUCAGCCCAUGCAGCAGGAAGCGGCUCACGGCCCGCCCUCCCUCUCCGCGUCCCCUCCUCUGGCGGCCAAUGGAUCCGCGGAGCGGGGACGAGCCUUCAGUGGGAGCCUCUCGGUUUCCACUACAGUCAUGUGACGGACACAUAGUAGAACUCCGUGGGACCAGAGCGGACGGUCGGACCGCAGCGCUGCGCGGACUGGUGAAACCCGAGCGGACGAACCGAGCCAGAGGGAUGAAACGGAGCCUCCCCGGACCGGGACCCGAACCCUGACCACGAAAUCCGACGUCCAGCCUGGACACCUCUGGAUUGUUUCCUGUACAGCUUUGAGGCUCUCACCGGAGUGAGGACGGUGACCUUGGUUACUUUAGUUUAUUUGGUCUACCCAUCUCCACGGCCAAGGACAAGCUCUCUGAUCUGUGUAAACACAGACUGCAGAAUCCAGCCAGAGGAAGCAGUUUGGCCAGGGAUGGUGGAUAACUCUCCGGCAAACGGAGAGACUUCCCUUCCACUCCGCUGUUCUCUGCGAGCCUACAGCCCACUAGACAUGGUGUCAGACCUCGGCUCCUACCAGGUGAUCCCGUCACCGUUUUCAGACGACGAUGUGAGCGCGCUCUCCAGCCCUCGCUCCUGCUCCAGCCCUCGCUCCUGCUCCAGCCCAGAUUCGCUGGAGCUCAGCUCCAGCUGUGGAAGCAGCUCCAGCGCUGAAAGCCAGGACAGCAUCCUGGACCACCUGUUGUCUCAGGCCUCCUUAGGAAGUGCCGGCGGAGUUUCUGCCGCACCCGAGCCACUGAACGCCUUCCAGUGGGACUCGAGGGGAGACGAGCCGUCCAAAACCGAGCCGGUGGAGGAGGAAGACUUUAACUUUCUCACUUGGUCCAAUGUGGAGACAGCAGAACAGCUUUUAGAGUCGUUCCAUCCGACACUGGAGGAGAUUGAAGAAUUUCUUGAGGAGAAUAUGGAGAUGGUGACGGUGAAGCAGGAAGGGUUUGACGUUGGAGCAGAGGAGACUUUAGGUUUAGAUGGGGGUCUGGAGUGUCGCAGGGCGUCCACUUCUGAGCUCAAGUUGGAGCCAGAGGCCAAACAUUCAGACCAAACUGUCCCCACCACUGGCACCUCUGGUCCAGCCACGGCGGCCUUGCCCGAAAGCAAAGCAUCAUCGACCAAUCCAAUGCACGAAGCUGUCGCAGGGGCCAAAAAAACCUCAACCAACAAACCGUCAUUAGAAGACAGGUCCACGAGCAGCAGCGGGACGCCCGUCGUCCUCCAGAUUCAGCCCGUGCGGGUGAAGCAGGAGCCCACGCUGACCUCGGUUACUCCUGCAGCCCAGCCCUCACAGCCCGGCCCCGUCUCAGACAUCAAAAUUGCACAGCUGUUGGUCAACAUCCAGGGACAGACUUUUGCCCUGGUGCCCCACAUCGUGCCAUCCCCCAGCCUCACUGUCUCCAAGUUCGUACGGAUUGCACCAGUCCCCAUUGCAGCCAAGCCCCUCGGUCUGGGGGAGAGCGCUGCCAGCCAGGCGUCGGCCAUUCUCAUCGGAGGUCAAAGGUUCCAGAAGAAUCCCGUGGCGGAUCUCAUUAAAAUGCACAAGUGCUCUUUUUCUGGCUGCAACAAGAUGUACACAAAGAGCAGCCACCUGAAGGCCCACCUGAGGAGACACACCGGGGAAAAGCCGUUCGCCUGCAACUGGCAGGGCUGCGGAUGGAGGUUUUCUCGGUCUGAUGAGCUGUCCCGUCACAGGAGAUCCCAUUCGGGUGUCAAACCCUACCAAUGCCCCGUGUGUGAGAAGAAGUUUGCCCGCAGUGAUCACCUGUCAAAACACAUCAAAGUCCACCGCUUCCCACGAAGCGGCCGGACAGUUCGCUCGGCCAACUAACUCUUCCAUGUACUUCCAGGGAUCGCAGGGGAUGAUCAGCUCCUCAGUGAUGUGCCAGAGAAGCAUUGUAAGGACGUGUGCGUACUUGAGCCUCAAAACCUUGCUCUAUGUCGGAGCUGUCUGGAAUUUGCUGUAAUCAACUGGAAACCCAGGGACGGCCAGUCGAGCUCCACUAACCCCUCCACUAGUUUGAAACAAGCCGCCGUUGCUUAGCUUCUCUGGAACAGCUGUGUCUGCACUGAUAUUUGUUCUCUCUGCUCUGUCAGCAGAAGAUACGGUAAGCAUGUUUUCAUUUAGUCCGGACGAUGCCAGCAGGGCCUGCGAGGCCUUCACUGCAGGCCCUAACACCUUCUGGAUCCCUACGACCUAAAUUAUAUUUUCAAUUGAAUGUCACUGAUUUACUUCCAAUACUAAGGACUGGGUGUAAACACAUCCAAUACCUGUAACUAUUCUCUUGGCUCCACUGCUUCCUGCACAUGUCUGAGUGGAUUCUUGAUGUGUCACCCAAUCAGAUUUACGUCUAUGUGAUGCCAAUGUCAGUCUAAUCAACCUCACAAACAGUUCAACUUUCAGAUUCGCCAUAUAGAAAGCUCACAGUGACGUCAGAAGUUUUCCGGUCUCUGAUUGGACGGUCAGACCCACCAUAAGAAGCCCCAAGUUUUCCACACAUGCUAGGCUACAUGAUGACGAAGCAUUUUCUCCAUGGUUACUAAUGGUUAGACAUGUAUCUUCUCCAUAAUCCUAUGUUUGAUUUUUUUGUAAGCAUACUUACUUGUAAAGUAUAUGAAGGUUAAUCUUCUUAUCUUGCAAAAAGUGUUUGCUGCAAAUCCACGGUUACACCGAGCGCUGAUGUCCAUCGCCACCGCAUCGUUCCUCAUUCAUAGUUGUACAAUAAAAUGACAAGUUUGGUUUCUAUCCUGAUCUGUUUGUUUAUACAGCCAAGUGCGCAGCAUCCUUUGACCAUUUUUAAAGUGAAAUCAACCAAAUAACAGCGAUAAUAGAUUACAGAUGUCUGCUUUUUGACAUGCUUUACAGAAACGUUUAGGUUGUUUUGACGUCCGUCACGGCGUAGCGGGCCGAGGUCUGGACAGCGUGACGUCACGCGCAACUCUAACAUCAUCCCGUGGUAGAUUCAAAUGGUAAACUCCCUCUGAAGGCCCAGAAACCAAAUUCCACUGGGAUCAUGUGGCUAAAAGUCAUGUCUAGUCUGACGUCUGUUUUUUUCUGAGCUGAUUUAGACAUUCCCUCUCUGGCAGAAUCUUUGUAUCCCAAAGCAAAUCAAGAAACUUUAGCUCAGUACAUGAUUGUUUUCAGUAUAUGUCAAAGUUCAAUUCUUACAACAGAUUUCUGUUGGAGAGCAAAAUCUGGCUCAGAAAGUUUGUGUUUCCUUUCAGUUUUGGCCAGACAUUCGUUUUUGUCCCCACUCUGACAUUAAGAAUCAGAGGUGGACAUGUUGUCAUGUAUCUGCACAAAUAAAAAUAAGUUUCAGAAUGAAAUAUAAGACCAUCAUUAGUAGUUAGAGCCUGUACAGCCUUCCGUAUAUCUCACAUGUAGAUGCAGAUGUAGUCUUAAAAUGACAUCUUACAAAAAAAAAAAAAAAAAAAGCCCAGGCAGUCUGACUCACAAAAUAACCAAGGAGGUAGAGGUCUUGAUAAUUAGAUGUAGCUCCAAUGGACAGCUAUCACCUUUUGUAUGAUAAAGAUCUUAGUGUCUAUUUCGAACAUUUCAAUAUGACUGUAUGCCUCAAUAUGUGAGCUAUUUUACAAAUGACAAAGACCUGCCUCAGUUCUACCUUGUGUUAACUGCAAACACCACGAUAGCCUUGCAACUCAGCUAGCAAAGAAUGUUUUAUCGUUACAAACGCUGAAGUUCACACCUGCCUACCGAGCUGCCAGCAGAGUGAACUUGUAGGUAAAUUCAGUGACAACGUUUCUGUCAUGGAGUCCCUCCUCACUGCCUGUAAAUAUUAAGGGCUGUGACGUAAUAUCAGCAGAUAUACAAUAUGGUACAUCAUUCCAUUGAUUCAGUUAUUGAAUUUGUAAUGCUUGUGUGAACAGAGAGGCAUUUGCAUCCUAUGAAUGUAUGUACAUAUGCAAGACUUGUCCAUCGUUGCAUCAGUGCAACACCACAGAGACUGCUCCGACAGCACAUCCUCCUCCUCUUUAUCAACGGCUGUAAACAUUUCUAGUUGUCUGUAAAGUUGACUGUACAUAAAUUAGUACAUAUGGAUAUAUAUGUAUAUUUUUUCCUUUGUUCUCUUUAUGAUUCAUCUACAAAUAAAACCUUUCCAGAGA